CUUUUUUCAAGUCUGAAGCACUUCCACUUUGCUAGAUUUCCUAGCUAUCAAUAAUUACUUCCCUUUCAUUUCUCCUUCUUAUAUACGAUCUCUCAUUCUCAUAUCCAUCCAUAACAUCACAAACUACUCUUUUCUCGUCUUCUUCUUCUUUCACACUUUCUCUUGUUCUGUUCUUUUUAGUUGUCAUCAAAGGAAAGAUGGGUGAAGUAGCUUACACAAAUGGAAAUGGAAAUGACAAAAGCCAUUCACCACCUAAUGGUUAUAGGAAGAGUUGUUGGUAUGAAGAAGAGAUUGAAGAGAACCUUAGAUGGUGCUUUGCUCUCAAUAGCAUCUUGCAUACAGGAGCUAGCCAGUACCAAGACAUUGCAUUGUUGGACACAAAGCCCUUUGGCAAGGCAUUGGUACUCGAUGGGAAGCUUCAGAGUGCAGAAACAGAUGAAUUUAUCUACCAUGAAUGUCUUGUUCAUCCAGCUCUUCUUCACCAUCCUAUGCCAAAAAAUGUUUUUAUUAUGGGAGGAGGAGAAGGAUCUACUGCAAGGGAACUUCUCAGGCACAAGACUAUAGAUAAAGUUGUAAUGUGUGACAUUGAUGAGGAGGUGGUGGAGUUUUGCAAAUCAUACUUAGUUGUAAACAAGGAAGCAUUCCAUGACUCGAGACUUGAAGUCGUCAUCAAUGACGCAAAGGCUGAACUAGAAGGCAAAGAAGAGAAGUAUGAUGUAAUAGUUGGUGAUUUGGCUGAUCCAAUAGAAGGAGGUCCUUGCUAUAAACUUUACACCAAAGACUUCUAUGAACUCACUCUUAAGCCAAAACUGAAGAAAGGUGGAAUAUUUGUGACACAGGCAGGGCCUGCUGGAAUAUUCAGCCACACAGAAGUUUUCUCAUGUAUUUACAACACCUUGAGACAAGUUUUCAAGUAUGUGGUGCCUUAUUCAGCUCAUAUCCCAUCUUAUGCUGAUAUUUGGGGAUGGGUCCUGGCUUCAGAUUCUCCAUUGGACCUUAGUGCUGAAGAAUUAGAUAUCAGAAUGAGACAGAGGAUUAUUGAAGAGAAUAGAUAUCUUGAUGGAAAAACAUUUGUGUCAUCAUCAACUUUGAGCAAAGCUGUUCGUAAUUCGCUAAACAAUGAAACUCAUGUAUACACAGAGGGAGCAGCUAGGUUCAUAUAUGGUCAUGGAAAGAAUGCAUAACUAAGCUUCAAAUCAUAACAAAAAGUAAAGCAAAAAGACACACAAUGCAAGUUAACAAAUGCUUUCAAUCAAGAUAUUUCUUUCAUUAUAUGUAUUUCCUUUCUGCUCUUCACUUUUUUACCCCUUGGCUUGUACUUUCACCACUCAAAAAAAGGCUUGUAAGUGUUGCAUCAAUGAACAACCAAUGGUUCCUAUCUUGUGCUUCUAUUUGGA